CGCUAACAGGGCUGAAUCAGAGAAAUUCAACGUCAGACCAAACGAUGUUAUCGAUAUGGAUUCUUUCGCUAUGUCUUGCGCUUCGGGUUGCAUCAGAAACGCUACAUUUCGACUAUAACAUUACCAGGGUUUCAGCGAACCCGGGCGGUCUGCAUGAGCGACCAACGAUCGGAGUCAACGGGAAAUGGCCGCCGCCUCAGAUCCAAGGAAAUGUUGGUGAUGUCGUCGUUUUGAACGUCCGAAAUCUUCUCGAGAACCAGUCUACCUCGCUGCACUUCCAUGGCAUUUCCAUGAAAGGCACACCUCAUAUGGACGGCGCCGCCGGCGUGUCUCAGUGUCCGAUCUUGCCCGGAAAGACGUUCGAGUAUAUAUUCCAGUUGACGAGUCCGGGGACCUAUUGGUAUCACGCAGACGACGGCGCACAGUCUGCAGAUGGGUUGCGCGGUCUAUUGAUUGUCCGGGAUCCAAUGUGUCCGUACAAAGACGAUUACGAUGAUGAGAUCAUUCUCUCUGUUUCCGAUUGGUACGAUGCGCAAAUGUCGGGUCCAACGGCCUCCGAGAACGACAAUCACACGACGUCGAGGCCGCCUGCGCCUGAUUCCAUCUUGUUGAACGAUUCCGGCAAUGGCCGGGUCCAUGUUACCCCCGGGACCACGUAUCUCGUUCGAGUCGCCAAUAUAGGUUCAAUCACGGGCCAGUACGUGCAGAUCACGGACCAUGAAAUGGUCAUUGUGCAAGUGGAAGGCGUGUACACGAAGCCCACGAAGACGCAUGGAAUCUAUCUUGGCCCCGGCCACCGGUACAGCUUUUUGAUGACGGCGAAAAAUGAGACGAGUGCUAACUAUCCUAUCAUUGCUACCAUGGAACUGGCCAAUGGAUUUGACCCUGAGAAGACUGCGACUGGCUGGAUAGUCUACGAUUCGUCUCUCCCAACAGCCGACUUUGAUGUACAGGAUCCUCUGCAGCCAUCCGACUUUCUUGAUGACAUAUCCCUGGUACCGCUGGACGAGAAGCCACUCCUAGAUCCGCCCAGCCAGAGCAUAACGCUGGACAUCACAAUGACCGAGUUUGCGGAUGGUAGCAAGCGCUGGUCAUUCAACAACACGAGCUAUUCCCCACCAAUAGUCCCAACACUAUACACAGCGCUGGCUACAAAGCAAAAGGCCGUUGAUCCUGCAAUUUACGGCACGUCAAUUAAUCCGUUUGUCUUGCGCCCCGAUGAAAUAGUCGAACUCACCAUCAACAAUCCAUCCGAUACACAACACCUAUUUCAUCUCCAUGGCCAUGAGUUCCAGGUGAUCCAGCGGUCCGAAGCCGGCGAGGGCGCAGUUGAUGCUAGCCACAAGGACGAGGAAAAGUUCCCUCCAUUCCCCAUGCGCCGUGAUACUAUCCUUGUCAACCCUGGUUCUUUGGUGGUGCUGCGGUUCAAGGCUGAUAAUCCAGGGAUAUGGCUACUCCAAAGCCCGAUCGCGUGGCCAUCACAUUCGGGUCUGGCCGCCACUUUCAUCGAAUCCCCAUUGGAGCUGCAGAGGAGCCUCUCACUCUCAUCUAUACCAAUUCCUUUUGGAGAUGCGUGUGCCGAGGGCAACGUCGAGAUUAUCAUGGCACAUCCGUUGCCUGUUGAGGGUGUUAGAACACCUGCCGAUUCCGUAUUGGAUGGCUUGAUCUACCCGGUGAUCUACCUCGUCAUUGUUGGUGCCGCAUUACCACUAACGCUUGUCCUCUUGUGGCCGCAAAUAAAGUUGUUCUUUCUGCUUUUGCGUAAUGGAUUGCCCGGUGGUCGAAGGCCAAGUUAUAGGAUCAUUGCGGAUCAUGGGUCGCUCGAGAAAUUAUCUUGAUGCUCGAGUUUGUCAUGAUUUAAUCACCUGUAUACUAGAUGAUAGUCAAGAAGAUGUAGAUUCAACUUACCUCGUGGUCCCUGCUACCAAUCUACUACCUUUGCA